UGUCUGCUUCGCCGUGUGUACGGGGGCUCAUUAGUGCGACUCAAGUAUAUUCGUCAAGAAAACAAGCGAAUCUCAUCAGCUGGGUUCCCUUUUAUAAUGACCAUUCUUUUUCUCUCUCCCUCUCUGCUCUCUGCCCACACUUCCCCUGUCUCUUGACCAUUCAAAGACUAGAUGAAUAGGCCAGCAGGACACUUCAGAAGAAGAUAACCAUUCAUAGUAUCACACAUAUAAAAACCAAUUCUACGCACCAGCUUCGCUCUCAGUACAUCUUGUGGCGCCUGCAAUGUCAGCUUGGAUUUUCAGAUAGCUUCGUUUCACAAAUCGCAUUUCAUUUUUUUUUCCGCUCCGAGUAUAUAUGCAGAGUCAGAUAUGUUAGCAUAAAUUCGCCAGUAAACAUACAUCCCUCAGUUUGAACCAUUCUUUUAUUCUCUUCGUGGAUAUAUCAUCAUUCUUUAGAAAUGUUUGGAUUAGUCGAUCGCUCCGCAUACCUCUUCAUGCUCUCAUCACUGCUGGCAAUAUCAUCGGUUUUAGGAUAUAAUGCAACAUUUCUUCAGCGAGAGGUCAACGGCAAAUGCAACCAUCUCGUCCAUCAUAGCAACGGCCGCAUCAUUUCGCACCUGGGUACAGCCCACUAUGCUGACAACAAGGAUUGCCGGGUGACGAUAAGCGUUGCACCGGGCAAACGACUCUUCCUCAGAUUCGACCGAUUUGACAUCACCGACUCGGUGAACUGCUUUCAGGACGAAGUCUUGAUCUACGAUGGAACGAGCAUAUCCAGUCCUAUGUUGACCGGUCGUCUCUAUGGCCUGUGUGGAUCUCUGCCCCGUCAGUACAGGACCAUGCACUCAAGCGGCAACGAGGUCACAGUCAGGUUCAUUACUGAUGACGUCACAUCGGACAAUCAGGGCUUCGCCAUCUCUUACGUCAGCUACGUACCCACAAGCACUGCUGAUACAAGUGAGUCGAACAACUGCUUUCCUUGCCGAGAGAGUUCAAUGUGCAUUGAUCGUCAUUUGAUGUGUGACAACCUAUGGCACUGUCCUGAAGGCAGCGACGAGUCAUUCCAGCUUUGUUAUGAAUCACCAGAAAAUGAGGAGGAAGAGUCGGAUGGCAAGGGCUGGUUAUCAUGGACAGGGACCCACAUCGCCAUGGCAUUCGCCGUCGCCGCGGUUCUCUUCAUUAUAUCGUCGCUAAUAUUUUGCUGCUGUUGCCAUCAACCGUCAUCAGACUCCCUCGACGACCCAUCCCCGCACGUGAUCACCGACGCGAACAUGUACUACAUCCAACAAGCCAAGCCCGACGUCGUCACCAGCGCUCCGCAAGUAAACCACGGAAAAGGUGCGUCGCGGAGCCGCAGUACCAGCAACCACACCGAGCACCGCUAUGACGUCGUCAACGCCGAUGCAUCGGACCCUAUGAUUGGCUACCAAUCUGUGAGCGAGUCCAGUGCGCCCAGCAAGGCGAACUCUGAUUGGUGGGAAGCUAGACGCAGCUGCGGUGACGGCUGCCAAUCAACAGUGCCGAUAAACUAUGAGGUUUACGAGCAUCACCAUCAUUUGUAUCCAAACGGUGUCGAAUACGAGUCAGAGACGACGUCACCGCUCACGCAAGAUUAUUACGUCACUAAUAUGUCGUUCAUUGAGCAACAAGAAUUAAGGUGGCAAUAUCUGACGGGUCAACACCACACUCAUGUUUCUUUGCCACCGCAAUGAAGACAGUGAGUGACUUUAUCAUUAUUUAUGAAUAUUAUUGGUAUUAUUAGCACAACGUUUUAAAAUUGUGAAUUUACCGGCAACAGGGUAACAUCUAUUGGCAACACGUGGUAACCUUGCAUCUGCAAAGAGUUCUUGUCUUGCAAAAUAUUAAUCACUAAUUUCACCGCUAUAUGCCAUAUUUGUUCAGUAAUGUUAGUGCAAAGAUUGGAUAUUUUCAUUGUAUCAUUGAUGUUAGACACUCGUACCGAUAAAAUUAUAUUAGAUAUGUAAAAAACAGAUCAUACAUAUAGAAAUUAAUUAGAUGAAACGCCAUCUUUACCAACCAAUCUGGUUAAAGAUUGUUUUCUGUCAAGCUACUUGCCUUCCGCUUACCAAGUUGUAAAUCAAAGUAAGUUUUAUUGCAGUUAAUAGGUCUCAAAUUAUAAA